GUAUCAAUACACCUUGUUGGUCACCUGUUUCGGAACUAUUUCAAACAAAUUUCAGAAUUUUUGAACCAACUUUCAUUCAACUAUUUUAAGACAAACAUAUAUCAACAAUCCCCUCAAAAGCCUCACAUCAAGAACAAAUGGGCAUUAUGGAUAACGAGGUCUUUCAUUUUGAGGAUGAUGACUAUGAUUAUCAAUCCUCCAAUGAUGAGUAUAGCGACGAACUUGAGAGUGAACCAUGGGAAAAUCGCAGCAGAAGAUCGACCAACCCAGAAGAACAAGUCCCCAGAGCGACUCCAGCAGAUCAAUUCUUGAGCAAAAUCAAUCUUCUCACCGGACCCACUGUCAAGAUCGUCGUCAACUCCAUGAAUGGCUCCAAACAAACUCUCACUGUACCCAAAAACCUACUCUGUACACGAUCCUCAUUCUUCCACCACGCUUUCAAUGGCACUUUCAAAGAAUCCGUAUCUCAAGAACUCCAACUUCCAGAAACAUCCAUCGCGGAAUUCGAACUCGUUAUUCAAUUUCUCUCCACGGAUACCUUUACAUUCCCCAGCACCGUGAUCGACUCCCACGAAAAACUCACUCUCUAUCUCCUCUUCUUCAAAUCCUGCCACCAAUUCUCCAUUAUCGGUCUCUCUCCCAUCAUCAUCCGGUUCCGAAAUUUUCUCCGCUGGUGUUCCGCCCGCGGCGAAUUCCCCGACCGCUUUCACAUGCAAAUCGCCAUUUCCCUUCCUGCUUCCCACGAGGCGCGCAAGCUGGCUGUCGCUGCCUGCGUCAAGCCGUAUGCGUGUUCGAUUACUAAAUCAAGCACGUGUUAUGGACGGGCGAUGUUUCAUCUCGAGAAGUAUGUGGAGGAGGAGACGGAAUUUGCGGCGGAUUUAUUCAGAGCGUAUACGAAGGCUGUAAGGGGCGCGUUGGGCACCCAUACGAUUGUUGAUCCGCUGACGGGGGCGGAUUAUACGGUUAGUACGGGAGUGGCGUGUCAGUUGGAGAGGAGCAGGGGAGAUAGGUGUGUGAAUCAUUUGGGAAAGUUUUAGUUGUGGGCGAGUGGGCAGCGCGUCCGAUAGUCCGGACUGCAGUCUAACAAUGAAGAUUAUCAAAUCUCCUAACCAAUUUGAACCGUCGAAUCAUUUGAGAUGUUGUAUUUGAUUGGAAUGUUGAAUCAUUUUCAAAUUUCAAAUUGCUUUUGGACAUUCAGAACCUCAUAUCGCUAGACUGCAGUCUGGACUAUUGAAUCCUCUGCGAAUGGGGUUUUGGCUGCGGAGGAAGGUUGGGGAGGUAUGCGGGACUAGAGAUGGGAAUUGAGCAUUUUUCUGCAUGAUUGAUAGGGAGUUAAUGGCGGUAUCUAAGGAUAAUAGCAGGUAGAGGAUGGAUAUCUCACUUAUCAGAACUAGAUUAUGAAUAUUAACAAUCGCACUAUACUUUUGCUCA